AUGCAUUUACUUAGAGUAUAUACUUUCACCAUAUUUCAUAUACAGUACUUAAGCAAGGAACUUAUUGCAGGCGUAGUGUGUCGUAGCUUCGAAUCGAGGUGUUCUGCUGCAGAAUUCCCUUGUGGAGAUGACAGAGCAUGCCUUGAGCGAGAGAAGGUUUGUGAUGGCAAAUCGGACUGCGCCGAUAACAGUGACGAGAGGGCGGAGCUUUGUGAGGAUGUAGGCGUGGUCAGGCUGAAACCAGGCGACAGACCCUUCACAGCCCCGGGGUUGGUCGCAGGGGUAGUGCAAGUGAAGCGACAGGGGGCGUGGCUGCCUCUGUGUGAUACUUUCUUUCGCGUCAAUGAAUCCAAGGUCCUCUGCAGGAACCUCGGCUACACAGGCGGAUGGACCCUCCCUCUCUUCGGCUCCUACUUGGGAGAAGACCCGAGUCCUGUGUCGGUUUCGGCCUCGCAAUGUACCGGAAACGAACGGUGGAUUGGCGAAUGUCCCUCCUUGAACUGGGCGGAGGAGGACUGCUCGGAGAACACUGCGGCGAUAAUGUGCUCCGAAGGGGCAGUGACCACGAGAAUCGAGGGAGGCAAACCCGAGAGCGGAGGCCUCCUGAAGGUGAAGCUAAAGGGAAGGGAGUGGAACGGCGUCUGCGGCACGGCGUUCGAUGACCUGGACGCCAAGGUAAUCUGCCGAAUGCACGGGUACACAGGAGACGCCUCAGCCUCGCAGGAACCAAGGACCUCGCAGGACCCUAUCUGGGACGUCCUUGUCGACUGCACCGGCCACGAAUCCCGCCUGCACCAGUGCCGUUUAAAGAUCGCGGACGACGAAUGCACUACUGUCGCUUCCGUCACUUGCUCCCGAAGGAGGGGGGGGAUAGACGCCCAGCUGAGCUCGGUCCUGCCCUCCAGCUGCGGCCUGGUGGAAAAUUCUUCAGAUCUGUACCUCGGGUUCCUGGCGAAAAUAAGAGGGGGGACGACACCCUCUCAGUUCGACUACCCGUGGAAGGUGACUUUGCGCCUGAGGAGAGAGCUUGAGGAUGGGGGAAGCCUUGUGUGUGGUGGAUCAAUUAUCUCCGAGGACCUGGUGCUGACGGCGGCCCACUGCUUUGGGCAGAACAGCGACCUAGCCAUGGUGCAAAUUCAACAAUGUGUGAGUUAG